GGGGGGGGGGGCGGGGGAGAGCCCGGCGGACGGGGCGGGCGCGCGCACGCACGGGGGCAAGGCGCGGCCCCGCGGCAGUGCGUGCGCGCUCCCUGCCCCCCCCCCCGCCUUCCCCUCUCUCUCUCUCCCUCUCUCUCUCCUCUCUUCUCCGCCGCGCUCGGUCGUUUCUUCCCCCCCUUUGUGAGGCGCUCGGAGUGGCCCGGACAUCGCUGACUCGCCAUGGCCGACGAGAAGCCCAAGGAAGGAGUGAAGACUGAAAACAAUGACCACAUUAAUCUGAAGGUGGCAGGGCAAGAUGGGUCUGUGGUGCAGUUUAAGAUUAAGAGGCAUACACCACUUAGUAAACUAAUGAAAGCCUAUUGUGAACGACAGGGGUUGUCAAUGAGGCAAAUCAGAUUCCGGUUCGAUGGGCAGCCAAUUAAUGAAACAGACACACCUGCACAGUUGGAAAUGGAGGAUGAAGAUACAAUUGAUGUGUUCCAGCAGCAAACAGGAGGAGUUUACUAAAAAAACAAACAAACAAACACACAAAAAAAGAACCUGCUACUUUCCUCUCCAGAACUGUGCUCCCACAGGCGACACAUUCACAAUUAGAAAAAUGAGACUUGGUUCAGCCACAUCCUGACUACUGCAGUAUAGUUUUCUCUCUUCUCUCUUUGAUUUUUUUUUUUCCUAUUCCUUUUAUUGUACAUAAAGUAACUGGUGUAUGUGCACAGACAUAAUGCAUAUUUUUUUUAACUAAAUGGCCAAUGGUAUGUUUUGAUCAACAUUUAAUGGAGAUGGGGUGGGAAAACAAACUGGUUCUGUGAAAAUGCCCCUUUCUCCGUUAGUGGCAUGCUCCUUCUACUUUUAUCUUUAUAUUCCAGUAAGUUAUUUUGCUCUCACUGUUUAAAAACAAAAACCUUGCAUACCUUGUUUGAUUGGAUAAUUUCAAUGUUUUUCUUUUAUCAUUGUAAAACCAAGGACAAUUUUAUAACUUUUUUGUACGUAGCUGUUACAUGUAGAGCAAUCUCUGUCUAAGUAGGGGUAAAUUACUCUUAAAAAAAAAAAAAAAAAAUCCUAGAUAGUUUUCCCUUCAAGUAAAGCGUCUUGUUGUUUAAAUAAACUUCUUGUUUAAAAUAACCAGUUUUCUUUAUUUUUCUGUGGAGUAAUAGUACUCAGCACUUAUUCCUUUCUCUGCAGCUUUUUAUGCUUCUCAGUUCUCAGCUUUCUGUGCGGUAAGUAAGCAUAAUCCCCCUUUUACAGUCAGAAGACUGUUGGAAAAUGAAAGGCUUCCUUGAGACCUCUCAGUCAGUCCGUAGUUGAACUGGAAAUAGAAGUCAGUUUUCUCUUCUUUUGGUGUUUUUUUUUGUGUGUGUAUGUUCUGCUAAGCCAAAAAUGUUUGAUUAGGCAAACUGCAAAAUACUGGACUACUUACUAAUGCCUUUGGGUUGAGAUCUUUUUGUCAGUUUUUAGUAGAAGCAUCAAUAUUGUUGUUACAGUAGCUUAUUUAAAACUCUGUAUUUGAAUGCUUUUUGAUGUAAACGUUAAGUUACAAAGAGCAAAUAAUUUUGUUAAUCAUUCAGUUUACCGUGGUAUCAAAUGGGAGAUGCUUGGAAAUGUAAAGCAAAAAUAAAAACCUGAGUUCUGGUUUUGGGUGUA